AUGAGCCCCUUCCGCUGCAGGGAGAGGCGAGGGACCAGCCGGGCGAAGCUGCUGGCCCGGCACCGCCGGGCCGGGGAGAGAGCGCGUGGCCAGGCCGUGGGCGCGCUGCUGGUGCAGGAGGUGAUGGCGCUGGACCGGCACCCGCUGCAGGCCGCGCAGGGGAGCCUGCCGUCCCUCAGGGGAAAGGAGGCCCUGGCGCAGAUGCUGGAGGACCCCGAUGAGCUAGCAGUACUGGAAGAGAUCCAACAGGAAUUGAUCUUGCAAGAACAGUCGAUGAUAGAAGAGUACGAGCGAAGUCUGCAGUUCGACGAAGAAUGUCUCAACGCGAUGCUUGAUGGCUUGGAUGUCAGUGACAAGGUCAUCUGCCCAGUGUGUAGAAAGAAUAACCUGACUGUGAGGAAUCACUUGGUUUUUUGCCAGUGUGGAUUAUACAUCAUCACGCAGGGUAUGACAGAAGGGAAGCUUCGGUCACUUCUAGAAAACACUGUAACAGAGCACAGUCACAGGUGCUUUCACAACCCAGAGUUCACAGUUACCAGUGGAAUGGAGGAAGAAGCAGCCAGUCUUCUCAUGAGCUGUCCGGUCUGUGACUCCUGGACGAUUCUCCUCUAAGUUGAUUCAGCUGCUGCUUUUUUACUGGAAGGACUUCAAGGCUAGAAAUCCACCCAGAGCAUAUUUUUAUGUAUGUACUUGUAACUGCUGUGUCAAAAAGAUACUUGAAAGGGCAGUAGUACUGCCUUGACCUGCACUUUUGAUGGCACAGUAUAUGUUUUGAAAUAAAUAUACUUAC